GACACUGAACUGUUUCUGCUUGGAGAUUGGGGAGAAUGCGAGAUGUACCAGAGGGUAGCAAGAGAAAUGGAGUUCAAUUAAAGUAACGGACGGACUUUGACACAAAAAGAAGGGGUACUUCAGAUUCAAGGAUAUCUAACUAAACGCAAGAGACGGAGAGAAAUCACGAUUAGCACAACAUAUUUUAAUUCAAAGCCAACGCACUUGAAAUGAAGCUAUUGAAACCAAGUUGGGUCAGUCACAAUGGGAAACCAAUAUUUUCUGUUGACAUCCAUCCUGAUGGAACAAAGUUUGCCACGGGUGGCCAGGGUAAGGACUCUGACUGGGAAGACAAACCAUAUGUUGUCAUAUGGAACAUGGCUCCAGUGCUCCGAGACUGGAGGACAAAAAACAUCCCCAAGAUGCUCUGCCAGAUGGACAAUCACUUAGCCUGUGUGAACUGUGUCCGCUGGUCAAACACCGGGCUUUACCUGGCCUCCGGAGGAGAUGACAAGUUGGUCAUGGUGUGGAAGAGAGCUGCCUUCAUUGGACCGAGUACUGUCUUUGGGUCGAGCAGUAAAUUGGCCAACGUGGAGCAGUGGCGCUGUGUGACCAUACUGAGAAACCACACAGGGGAUGUCAUGGAUGUGGCGUGGUCCCCUCACGACGUGUGGUUAGCCUCCUGCAGUGUGGACAACACCAUUGUGAUCUGGAAUGCUCGCAAAUUCCCAGAGAUAGUGGCGUCGCUGAAGGGACACACAGGCCUGGUGAAGGGGCUGACGUGGGACCCUGUAGGGAAGUACAUCGCCUCCCAGGCUGACGACCACAGCCUGAAGGUGUGGAGGACCAUGGACUGGCAGCAGGAGACCAACAUCACCAAGCCCUUCAACGAGUGUGGGGGGACCACUCACGUGCUGCGCCUCAGCUGGUCUCCUGACGGACAGUACCUGGUGUCAGCUCACGCUAUGAACAACUCAGGGCCCACCGCUCAGAUCAUUGAGAGGGACGGCUGGAAGACCAACAUGGACUUUGUGGGCCACCGCAAGGCUGUCACUGUUGUGAAAUUCAACCCCAAAAUCUUCAAAAAGAAACAGAGGAAUGGGAGUUCUCCCAAGCCCAGCUGUCCCUACUGCUGCUGUGCUGUGGGAAGCAAAGACCGCUCCCUCUCCGUUUGGCUGACCUCUCUGAAGCGCCCUCUAGUGGUCAUCCACGACCUGUUUGAUAAAUCCAUCAUGGACAUCUCAUGGACCCUGAAUGGACUCGGUAUCUUGGUGUGCUCCAUGGACGGUACAGUGGCAUAUCUCAACUUCUCUCAGGACGAGCUCGGGGACCCCCUCAACGAGGACGAGAAGAACGCCAUUCACCAGAACAUCUAUGGUAAGAGCCUGGCCAUCACCACCGAGGCCCAACUCUCCACCACCAUCAUCGAGAACCCGGAGAUGCUCAAGUACCAGCAGGAGAGGCAGCGUGCGGAGCAGGCCAACCACAGGAUGACCCACGAGGCCCAGGCCCACAAACUCACCAGCGUGGUCAACGGAGAGUCCCUGGAGGACAUCCGCAAGAACCUGUUGAAGAAACAGGUUGAGACGAGGACCGCGGACGGCAGGAGGAGGAUUACUCCUCUCUGCAUCGCCCAGCUCGACACGGGGGAUUUCUCCCCAGCCCUCUUCAACAGCGUACCCAUCCUCCCUGGGUCGGCCAGCCAGCUCACCUCCCAGCUUUCCUCAGACUCCAACACGGCCACCUCCAAUUUGGACCCCCUAUCCACCCCACUGGGGAGCAAGGCCCCAGAUGACGCCAAAGACAGUGUUUCCGGUGCCACGGCCCAGGCCUCGUCUCUUAACGCCACAGCCAUGAAGUCCAACCUGCUCCUAACUACCUCCACCAAGAUGGAGCCGAUGAAAGCCCUUGACUCCAGGUUCACAGAGAGGUCAAAGGUCAUGCCCGGGGUCACCAUCUCCAUGGCGGGACUCACCCCGCUAGACAGAGUGAAAGACAGCAGCACUUUAAAAGAGCUCAAGGAUGAGACGAGCAGCGACAGCGAGGACAAGAUGGUUGUGAUGAAGUCCCCCUCCUUCACCAAGAGGAAGGCCCUCGACGUGGACGGAGGGGACAACCAGGUGGAGAAGAGGAAAGCCCUAGACGUGGACGGAGGGGACAACCAGGUGGAGAAGAGGAAGGCCCUCGACGUGGACGGAGGGGACAACCAGGUGGAGAAGAGGAAGGCCCUCGACGUGGACGGAGGGGACAACCAGGUGGAGAAGAGGAAAAAGGGACGGCCCAGGAAAAUGGACGCUAAAAUGAUGAUGCCUGUGCCCCACCAAACCUUCCAGCAGGCUACCCCUUCAUCAGAGAAGGAGCCUUGUUGCGUCGUUGCUAUCCCCGUGGCUGUCCUCAAACUGCCCACUCCCACACCGCAGAAAGCAUUUACUCUUCAGGUCAGUACGGAGCCCCCGGUGUACCUGGAGGUGGAGAACGAGGUCUCUGCAGUGUCCGGAGCCAAACUCAGCCAGCUCCGCUGUUCCAGGGAGGGCAGGGAGUGGGACACGUUGCUGCCCAGCCGAGUCAUCACUGCAGCGGGCAGCAGUGAUGUGGUGGCAGUGGCGUGCGAGGACCGCAUGUUGUCUGUGUUUUCGGCGUGUGGCCGCCGCCUACUGCCCGCCAUCCUGCUGCCCGCGCCCAUGUCCGCCCUGCACUGCUCAGGCUUCUACGUCAUGGCCUUGACCGCCUGCGCCACCCUGUCUGUCUGGGACGUCCAGAAACAGAGUGCCGUGGUGAAGAAUGAAUCUUUGCAGACCAUUUUAUCAGGCACAGAAUGCACCGUGUCCCAGUCUUUACUGACACAGCAGGGGGUCCCAGUCAUUGGUCUCUCCAAUGGGAAGUCUUACUGCUUCAACUCCUCCCUGGAGACAUGGAACCUAAUAGCAGAUAAACAGGACUCCCUGGUGCAGUGUGCCGACUUCAAGAACUGCAUCUCCUCCCAGGAUGCACCUGUGUCACAGGGACCCCUGGCUCUCACACAGGGACACAACCUCAAUGCGGGUCGCCUGGCCUCCAGACUGUCGUCCACCCCCCACCACCUGCAGCAUGGUAUGACCCUGGUUUUCCUGGAGAACCAGCUGGCCUCAGCCCUCACCCUGCGCUCCAGCACAGAGUACCACUACUGGCUGCUCAUCUAUGCACGCUUCCUGGUCACCGAGGGCUCUGAUUAUCGGCUACGUGAGCUCUGUAAAGACUUACUGGGACCAGUGCACAAGUCUGCCGGCAGUGCCUGGGAGCCGACAACCCUGGGCCUGCGGAAGAGGGACCUCUUGAGAGAGCUGCUGCCUGUCAUAGGACAGAACUUGCGUUUCCAGAGGCUCUUCACAGAGUACCAGGACCAGCUGGAGCUGCUCGGCAACAAAUAGCACUUCUCAAGUAACUCACUUACUAACCCCACUAUCCUAUCCAGCCCAGCUCCACCCUGGCUGCUGACCGACAUUCUCUCCUCCAGCUCUGGCUCUAUCCAGCCCAGCUCCACCCUGGCUGCUGACCGACAUUCUCUCCUCCAGCUCUGGCUCUAUCCAGCCCAGCUCCACCCUGGCUGCUGACCGACAUUCUCUCCUCCAGCUCUGGCUCUAUCCAGCCCAGCUCCACCCUGGCUGCUGACCGACAUUCUCUCCUCCAGCUCUGGCUCUAUCCAGGCCAGCUCCACCCUGGCUGCUGACCGACAUUCUCUCCUCCAGCUCUGGCUCUAUCCAGCCCAGCUCCACCCUGCUCCGUCUAACCAAGCCUGAAGGAAGCUCUCUGUCCCUGGGUGGAGAACCACUGGCACCCGGGUUGCAGGAUGCUGAAAACAGCACUGAAUAAUGACUGAUUAUGCAUCGUCAUCAAGUAUCCAUUAAUAAUUGAUCGAUUUAAUUAUGUUGACAAUGAUAAAUAUGUUGGAACUGUUUUCGGCGAACUCCAAGCGCUGCUCUAUCUGUCAGGAGAAUUCUCUUUCUGGGAAGAUGGAGAAAAGCGUAUACCUGGUUUUGGAUGGGCCACUAGAAGCACAACAGUCCCGUCCCCCUUAACCUCCACCGACUCCCUCACCGGACCCCUGCUAUGUGUGGCUGCUGCCCACCAGGCCUGGCUAUGGGUCGCACCUGUCCUCUCCUGCCCUGGGGUGCAACUAUACAGGGUCAUCUGGGGUCACAUGCUUAAGGGUCAAUGUAAUGAAAAAAGCAAAAGCUACAGUAGGAUAGAGGAGCUGUGUUCUACCAUGAAUCACCCUCUCCUAUCUUUACAGAAUGUGUACAGACUCUUUUCUGUUAGUCAUUUUUAAAUGUUUGUACAAGGCAACUUCUUUUCCAUUUUCUAAAAAAAUAAAAAUAAAAAUGAGAGAAAAAUAAUACAAACAGGCAACACUUGUGUUUUGAAAUUAAAUAAAACAAUCAACAAAUGCUGUUUGGCGAAUCUUCGUGUCCACGGUUGUUUCUGUCUCCUACCUGUCUGGAGCCUCGGGCCUGGCCUGUCUGGACUGGCCUGUCUGGAGCCUCGGGCCUGGCCUGUCUGGAGCCUCGGGCCUGGCCUGUCUGGAGCAUCGGGCCUGGCCUGUCUGGAGCCUCGGGCCUGGCCUGUCUGAAUAAAUUAAUGCUGAUCUAUUCAGGAUGACAUGGUUGUUUUUCUUUCAAUAUGCUAGUUUGUUAGCAGAGUUAAGGAUGUGUGCCAAUAAACUAUCCUAAUGUGUGCACAUGA